CAAAUUUAUUUCUAGUCGCUAUCGCAUUGUGUGUAAUAAAUAUUUUUAAAUUUCAGCUGCUGUACAAAGUAGGAUGUCCGAUCCGUUUGCCAUUACAUCUGAGGAACUGCAGCGUCUGCGCGACAUUUGCUUGGACCAGCUGCGCCAGGAUGAGCUCCACAAGCUGCGCAACGAUGCCAAAUUACGGGCAGUAACUAGCACUGAAAGCUACGAGGAGUUCAAGGACAUUGUGGAUGCCGCUCAUCUGCGCCCCGUCAGCAAGCAGGACAAGGCCAAUGCCAAGACCAAGAGUCGUCUGUGGAACUCGGCGGCGCGUGAGCAAUCGCCCUGAAAUGUAGUCAAUAAAGCGUAAA